AACACAAAAUAUGUCUCAAAUCAUUUGUUUUUUACUCAAUUUUCAUGUUUUGGUUCAGGUGGUUCUGAUUAAAAAUAAGUAACUUUUAAAUCUUGUAUAUUGGGUUGCCUAAUAUGUAACACCGCACUUGAAGUUUCAAUUUCGCAGCGCACGCGGUUGUCAGCUGACCGGGCGGAAAGAAAGCGCGCACCGCCGCCUGAACAGAUGACGAGCGACGCCGAAUGCCCCAAGUGGAAGCGACGAAGCGAAGCUGAAGCGUCAACGCGACCAAGCCAAGCCAUACAGCUGGUUGCGCGACCGACCGACCGACUUGUCAUGGAACUACGCGUGCAAACCGCAAGAAAAUGUCGAGAAAAUCAUCAAGAUCAUCAUCCAACACGAAGAAAAGCAUCGGCAAGCGGUGGAUGAAAGCUUGGAAUGACUCAUCAAGUUGGAAACAAAAAUACAAUGGAUAAUCAAUGUGUCAGACAGCAGUAUCACGAUGAUUCUGGAUUAACUUGAAAUUCUCCAAAACAGGUUUUUGAGAUGUCCACUUUCAUGGAUAUGUACUUCGGCAACUCGGAUCCCUCGCUGCAGGAGAUGCUCGAUAUCGACAUCAAAUCCGAGAUCGACACGCUGAUCGGCGGCAACAAUGACCUCUCCGGGUUCAAUUUCACCGACCUGCCGCCGCUGGAGAUGGACGACGUCAGCGACAUCCGCUGGUUCUCGCACAACUCCAACAUGUCCAACUCCAGCUUCACGCUGGACUUCUCCGGCGAUGACUACACCACGAUGGUGGAUCCCAAUGCGGUGAUGCCAAUCAUCAGCAGUAUUUCAGCGAAUACGCGAUCACCGUCGCCAUCGCUGAAAGAAAGUCAUUUAACGUUUUCUCCGGCUAGUAUUAAACCAAACGGCAUUAGCGUGAAAACCGAGGUAGCGGCUGUAAAAAAAGAUCUGAUUAAGAAGCUGGACGACGGUAACAUCACGACAUUUAAAUUAGGCGAACGUCCUUCGAUUAAAAUCGACAAACCACAAACUAUUAAUGUUGUCAAUGCAGUCAUAAAUAGAAACGUAGGUACGCAACAUUUUAUCAAAAAGAGCGCGACAGGACCGAUUAUCAACACCAUCAAGAAAGUUACUCCGAUCAUCUCGAAGGGGAUUGUUAAAGUCACAAAAACACCUUUACUUUCGUUUCGAAAUACAGUCGGUGGUAGGCAGAUAGCGAGUCCGGUGACAGUUGCGCAGUUGGCGAAUUUAGGCCAGGUGCGCACAAUCAGCACAGCGCCCGUAAACCACACGCGGAAACAACAGUUUAACAACAAUCGCAUUUUCGCUGAAGAUGUCAAACCCUUCCCGAAGCCGGCGUAUAGUUAUAGCUGUCUGAUUGCAAUGGCGUUGAAGAAUUCCAAAACAGGCAGUCUGCCUGUGUCUGAGAUUUACAACUUCAUGUGUCGCCAUUUUCCUUUCUUCAAAACAGCGCCAAAUGGCUGGAAGAAUUCGGUGCGGCACAAUUUAAGCCUGAAUAAAUGUUUCGAAAAGAUUGAGAAACCCGCGGUGAACGGUGCGCAGAGAAAGGGCUGCCUGUGGGCGAUGAACGAGUCGAAGAUCACCAAAAUGGACGAAGAGGUGCAGAAGUGGAGUAAGAAGGACCCGUCAGCGAUACGGCGCGCUAUGUCAAACCCGAGCAAUCUGGAGGCGCUGGAGCGAGGCGAAUUGAAAUUCUCCUGCAGUUACGAGAGCUAUGAAGAUAACUUUGGGGAUUCGUGUGGGAGUGCCGAGAGUGACGGGUCGGAGUAUGAGUCUGAGAUGGAUACGACUCCGACCACGAAGAUUAUUCACGCGCAGCCGCAGUACAUUAAUAUUGCGAAUAUUAAGACGGAGCUUAAACAAGAGGUGGACGAUGAAGAGGAUGAGGAGGAAGAGGAGGAGACUGAUGAGUUUGAUGUGGAGGUUGCCGAUUCAUUAUACGAUGAUGAAAUCGUAGAUGAUGAAGACUCGGAGAUCCUCCACAUGGAAAUGGCGCUUGCGCAGAAAGAGUUACUCGAGUAUGAUCCGUCGGUGCGGCGCCGGAAAAACAUCUACAUCAUACAGAACUAACGUUUGCCCUCCACGCCGUAAAGACUUCUUAAUUCUAUAAGAAAAUGCGCUAAGCAAGCAAACUAGUAGGAUUUGUUAAUUUGUAAGUUAAAUUAUUCGAUUGUCAUGCCAGCGGUGCGCCGCCACUGCUGCAGCCAUGUUGUUUUAAACAUGGCAGAGCGUGAAAGGGCGCGCCGGUGGCGUCGCAUUUUUUUCUUUAAAAAAAAAAACGAAUAUAAAUAAGCGCCGCCCGCGAUCGCUUUGUGCAGGCGCCGCUUAUUUGCUGAAAUGCUGUGUAAACGAUGGUGAUAUAACAAUUUUGGUUUCUGUACAUAUAUUUCUAGCGCGUAAGGUUAGUUUGCCGAGCGGCCGCUAUUGCGGCGAUGACACUGCCAUCUUAUCGGCGCAAUGGCGGCUCGAACCUUUUCUCUCGGUGUCGAAGCAAUGUGAAAAACACUACUUUAAUUUAACUAUUCAGUUACUAUUUUUGAUUAUAUUUUACAUUUUACAUUUGUUUGCGUUUUGACGAUGCAUGGAACACUGAAACAAUCCACAUUCGGGACCAGAUUUGCGGAAGUCAGAAAAGUAUGAUAUUAAGUUUUAACCCGUUGACACUUGAUGACGACCACUGAAGUGGCAACGGGUUGACACACCAAAUUCGGUGCUGUGCCGAUGCCAAACACAUUUUGUCACAGAAGAAAAACACCUAAUUAGUUUUAAGGCAUUGUAUUUUCUAUUUUCACCGUGGACUGAUUAUAAUUAGUUAAUUAAGUUUGCUGUCGUCUUGAAGAUGAGAGAUGCAAACAUUUUAAACUAGCAGAAUGCGAGGUAUCUACAGGAAAAUAAAAAUUAGUGACUAUAAAAUAGAAGAGCGUCACUUGUAAAAUAUUAUAAAUGUAUCUAAUUUGUGCGUACAUUGCUGAACUACUUACUAAAAAAAAAAGAGCAAAUGUGCAGAGUGUGAAUGGUGAAAAAAUGUUUUGUAUUGUUUAGUUUUAUAUAUAGACGAUAAGUAGAGAGUAUAUAAGCAUAAGAUUUUGUAAUUUUACAUAACAAUUGUGAACACUGAGCGAAGGGGUAACACCGGUGCGUGAUGAAAGGGACGCGUAGGAAAUGUGAAACAAUAUUAGCUGUAACAUAA